CAUCAUUUUAUUAUUGCAAACAAUUUUUCUGCCAUUCUCCACUGAAAUAUACAUGAAUGAAAAUGUGUUGUUCAAGUCAAACGAUACUACUGGCUACGACUACCUCAGAAAUUUAUUUCAUCUUUGUACAAAUAUAGUAAAGAGCUAUAAUGAUUUGUCUACUACUUUUAUACGCCUUUAUGUUGACUACAAUAAUUAUUCAAUGCAUCAAUCUAGUGAACAUUUCUCAACGGUAAAUCAACAACAAACCUAUUUACAAUGGUUGUUUAUUCAUGUGAAUAAAUUGAAAAAUGUACAAUAUUAUAAAUUCAAAGUAUUAUACCAAUAUGGUAUGUACAUGAAACAUGUAAUGUUUAUAAUUUUCGGAUUAUAUUUAUGCAUAAAAACUUCAAAUAUUUAUUGCCUAUUAAUAUUUAGAAUAAUUCAAUAUUUAUUUAAAUGUCAUCUACAAUGUAUCGACAAGUCAUUAAUGAUAAGGCAUAAAAGAAGAUGUAUGCUUGAGCAGUACGUGUUAUCUGUUCGUAAUUUGUUGAAUAUAUUGCGAAUAUUCGAAAAUUAUCCUGAUCAACUGGUUCAUUACAUCUGUAAAUGUAUAAAAAAUAAAUCAGCGAAUUUAUUACAAACAUCUCAUAUAAGCCUACAAUUAUUUAGAAGUAUAUAUCAAAAAUGUAUGACACAUAUGUGUGCUACUUUAAUUCAAAAUAAACAUUCUAUCUUGUUUCGCCCAUUUGCAUUAUACACAUAUUUCUGUAUGAUUACAAAAAAAUUCACCAUGAAAUGCAAAACAACACAUAUCAAAGUGUUCAGUGGAUUUGUACAUCAGUUGCAUGUAUACAAUUAUUGGAAAUGUUUACUUACAAUUUAUGGUAGAUUCAAAACAAGACAUCGUCGAAAAAGAAAAUAUCAUCGAACAGAUCAACCAUUAACCAGUUAUCAUUAUUCUUGUAUUACAUCUAUUAGUAAAUUAUAUUUAUUACUAUUAACUAUCAAUUCAGUUUUAUGCUUAUCAAAAUAUUCCAAACAGAUAAAUGUACCAUCAUCAAUUGAAAAUAUUAAUUUAUCAACAAACGAUUUGAUUGAGUCGUAUGAUAUCUUACCUACGACAUUGACUCAUCAAGUCCGAUCAAUUUAUCACUUUAAACCACCGGAUGAAAAACGACCAUGUAGAUAUCGUUUUCGUGAUGAUGUAGAAACUAGUGCUUUAUUAGCGGAUUAUGUGAUAACUGGUUGGCCAAUACAAACUUAUCGUAGACGAUUUGGUCCAUUGUAUAAUAUUAGUUUAUUAGUGACAAAUAUUCUUAAAAGUGUACAAUAUAGUAUUUUCCCAGUUCGUGUAGAUCAUUUAUUACGAAUUGGACAAUUCAGUAUAUUUCCUGAUCCUGGACGAUGUUGGAUUAAUGUACACAAAAAUAAACAGUAUAUAUUUUUCUUACGUCAACCAGAUUGGUCUGGUUUUUCUAAAAUUACACAACUACCAGUUGAGUAUACUCAUCAAGCUUAUGCAUCUAUUGUCAGAAUUAUGAGACUUGGUGCUGAUCCUCUCCAAAUGCGCUCAUUGUACCAUGAGGACGUAUUGAAGGUCAAUGAAGGCAAUGAUUUGUUAUUAUCAUGUCGUGUACGUGGUCGACCUACACCAUUGAUUUCAUGGUAUGUUAAUCAGACAGAAAUAAAACAUCCGUGGAGAUUGGAAACAGGACGUGGAAUAAUUCAAAAGUCACGUUAUCUAUCCAAACUUCAAUUGAGUAAUGUACAUACAACUGAUAAUGCUAAUUAUACGUGUUUAGCAGAAAAUUUAAAUGGUCAUAUACGUAAAUCAGUACAAGUGAUUGUCAAACCAGCAACUACUUCACCUCCGCCUACUACAACUCCUCUAUUAUCAACAACUGAAAUGACGACUACUUCGGUUCAUCCUUGUCAUAAUUACUGUCAUCGAGGACAUUGUUACAUUAUAGAUGGGAAACCGUAUUGCAGUUGCAUUUCCCAAUAUCGUGGAGCAAGAUGCGACCUUUUUACACCAGAAAAAGAAGAAAACCAGUUGGAACUUCUACCAAAUAAUGAACCGAAAUUUGACUCAUGUGAAUCUGGCUGUGAAUCAAAUCUUGCUCGCGUUCUUUUAUUUUCAACAAUCGGUAUUCUCUUUUCCUUGCUUUUAAUUUUUUUUCUAUGUUCAAUUUUUCAAAUUUGUUAUAAAAAACGGCAAUCAACAAAGAAAACAAAUUUAUCUGUGAAAAAAUCAACCGCUUCGAAACAAUAUAAUCCAGAAAAUAAUGUAUUCAAAUGUAAUCAAAAUUCAAUCAAUUUAUCAUUACCUAAACAUAAUUAUUUGAAAUUAUCUAAAAUAUACCUUAAUCCAUUAUUUGAUACAUAUAAAACAAAAACAUAUUCCAUGAAUACCAAGACUAAUCCUAUUGAAAUACAUUCUCAGAGUACAAUUAGUGACAAUGAUAGGCCUCACCAUCAUCAUCAUCAUCAUCAUCAACAUCAUGAUCAUCAUCAUACUCUUUACAAUGAACAUUAUCACAAUGCAAACAUAAAGCACAAUUGUACUGACAAUUUCCAAACCGCUUAUGUUCAACCUGUAAAAUAUUUAUCUUCAAGGUCAGCUAUGAAUAAAUCAGUCGAUUUAGACCUUUGGGCUACUAGUAAUUCAAAUUUUCAUAGACAAUUAUCAGUACCAUCAGUUGCUGGAUUAGUUCUUAGUUUUCCAGCUGUUAAAAAUCAAAAUUUUUGCAAUGCAGGUAACUUACCACCAAAACCAUUACUACCGCAAAUCACCAAACAACCGACAGACCAACAAGAUAAUUCUUACACAAGUAAAACUGUUCACCCAGAACCGACUGGAAAUUCUCUGUUUCCCAGUAUGCAAACUAGUAAAUUGAAUGGUAUUAAACUUACUUGUCCCUCAACUAAUAUGACUACGUCCCCUGCUGAUACAAUAUCUAAUUCUUUGAAAUUUAUCAAUCAAUGUAACUUACCAUUAUUUGACCACUGUCAAUCAAAUUAUAUACCAUGUUCAAAUAUAGACUCAGCAAUUGACCAUAUACCGUCAGUGGAAAAGUUACCAUAUAACAAUAACAAUAAUGACGACAUUAUGUUCAACUGGGAUAAUACUGAUGCUACAAAUAUCACGGAAUAUUCCAAUCAUUGCCAUUAUGCAUCUUUCAAUAGAGCAAAUGAUACGGAACACUUACUACAUGAUUCUUUAAAAUGGUGUAAUUCUGAUAGUUGCCGUCAUUUUUCGAUUAACGCAUCUCCUUUAAUAUCUUUAUCACACAGUUAUUGUCAGCAGUGUCUGGUACUCAAUCACUGCGAUCGUAUGCACCAAGAUCCUAAAAAUUCUUCAAUACAACCGGAAUUAGAUUCAAUUACAAAUACUUCUUAUAGUUCCUGUCCAAAACAGUCGGAAACUACGACUCAAAUAUGAAUACGUCUAUCUUUUCUCAAAAACAAAAUACUGAAAAUUUGUAUUGUUCUAACUAGAGCUGAAUUCUUAUUUCACACAUGUCACAAGUAUUGUUACUGAACGCCCGCAAAACAACCUGUUAACUUCCUAAAUUAUUUAUUUCACGGUAAAAUCAAUGAAUUCAACUAUUUAUAUUAUUAAUAUUCAUUCUUACAUAUCAAACAAUGCUAUUGAAUAUUAAGUAAAUCCAUCAGAAAACAACAUCUUCCAACUUCUUAUGGUAUAAUAUUUUAACAUUAGGAAGUGUGAAAUUGGAAAAA